AUGAUACCAGUGAACCUUGAAGGGUUACCAGUGUUACCCCGCACUGCAAACGAUUAUGAAUUGUGGCCUAUGAUUCUCUCAAAGGCUCUGUUGAAACUCUGUUCUUUAACGUGGACGCAACAACGUGAAAUCGUGGAUUUUCAUCCUGUCACUUGUCUAACUGGAUGGGUGUGUCUGCAAUUAGAGAUCGACUAUCUGUCUCCCAAAGACAAAUGGGACUUCUUAAGGAAAUACGCGGACCACUUCGAAUGGGAAACCGAAGCUACGGAACAUGCUUCGAGGUCCAAGAUAAGCAGCGAUGGAAAACCAUCUAAGGACACAGUACGGACGAAGAAAUCCAAGAACACUGAACGAUCAAAGAAGACAAAGAGCACCGAACGAUCAAAAACGUCCAAGGAGAGUGGUCGAACAAAAAAAUCUAAGAACAUCGUCCAAAAGCCAACAGUGUUGAGCAAACCUCAACCAGUCACUCUAUUUCUCGGUUUGGACGACAUGAAAACAUUAUCUUCGGAAACUGUGCCCGGUUUGUCCCCCUGUUGGAACCAUUUUAUUUACGUUGCACAGUCUCGCGACAUUCCUUUGGAUUCCAAAGAUGUGAAGCCUCCCCUGGCGAGAUGGAAGAUCUAUCGCUGGCUAAAAUGGGCCAUCGACGAGGGUAUAAUCGACCCAGUAGAUUACUUCGUGCCAAUUCGUUCUUUAAAGAUUGUCAGUCCCCUGAAAAGCUUCGAGAGAAGUAUAGUGAACAGAUUCAGUGACGCAACACCGGAAGAACCAUCACAGAACGAAGAUAUCGAUAAUAAAAAGAAGAAACAUCGCGACAGAUCAAAAGAGUCCACAAAAACUACCUCAAAAGGAUCCCAAAAGAAGACGCCAGACGAUCCUCCAGUGGACACCAGUUUCUGGGUAGAUUUUAACAAAAUGGAACCCUACGUGAAGGACGUCCACUUCUUCUACAAAUUAGACUACUUCCAAUACACCGCGAAGAUCUCUGAUCGCUUGAUCGGCAGACGGUUGCUCGAUCAUCAAUCGGAGGCGAAAAAAGGCAGCAAAAGAAGCUCGCCGACCAGAGAACCCGAGUUCAUCGACGCCCACUGUUGGCCUCAGAAGAUGUCUGAGACCAGAAACGAGCCUCUGUACAUAUUCACCGACUCCUUGGAAGAGAAGUUCUUCUUGAUAAGCUUCUCCACGUUCCAGGUCUCUGUCGAUAAUCCAGCAACUGUUCCCACGCUGGGUGAAGGCGACAGCGAGACUCCACCAGUUGCUAAUUGGGAUUAUCUAAUCGUAGAGAAGCACAGUUGGUUUUACAGACCGAAACGGUCCAACAGUUUGGUCUACAUCCUGACCGCUGGAACGAAGUCAACGGUGAUGGAAUUGAAAUCGGGAAGACACCUGCUGCGAGUGUAUUGUCGAUCGGAGUCCAGUUGUUUCGUGACGAUCUCUUCAGACACGGUCUUCCGCUUAGGAGACCGGAAGAGGAUGUACCAAUUGAUGUCCACCGAGUCAGAGACAAUUGAUCAGCUAGCUAAGCAUAUAAGCAACUCCGUGAGCAGCGCCUAUCAGUCCUUUGGUACAGAAAGGUACUUGGAAGCUCUAACGAUUUACUACAACUGCUACAUGCCACCUGUCCAGAACCUAAAAAACAAGAACAAAGUCUUCUACAAUCACAUACACGACUGCUUCAUCGACGAGCAAGUGCAACUGAUCAGGAAGAUCCUACCUGUGGACCAGGUCCCAGACGUUCUGUGGUCGUUGAGGGUAUUCUUCUUGAACCCUGCGAUCGGUCUGCAAUGUCUCAAUCCGAUAUCGACGAUGUUGAGGAACAUGCGCAAAUCAAACGUGCCUAAAUACUCGUUAGAUCGCGGCGUUCUGGAUGAGAAUAGCGCGGCGGUCGUUAUUCAGUCGUUCUUCAAGACUCUACUGAUCAGAAAGUACAAACAGAUCCACGAUCCCGGCCACCAGCAACACCAAAGGGUUCUGGAGAAUCUAGCGAGGGCGACUGAGCUGUUCAACUACAACAAACGCGAGUCCAUAGCCAACCAACUGCUGAGGAACAUACUGAGACACUUCGACAGGCUUCAGGACAUAUACCCGUGCUCCAGAGACUUUGAAUACACUCUACAAUUGCAAGAACUAACUGGAACGUUGGCGAACGUCAAGCCAAAUCAAUGGUUGCCCAUCGUGAGAUUCACGGUGAAUUCUCCAACCAUGAAGACCGUAUUCGCGGGCGUCGACCUGUUCGUCGGUCUGCCUAGGUUCAGCGUACGCGUUUUUAACAACGAGACUGGUGGAGAGAUGCUGAGAACGGUAAACAACGUCGUUCCAACUCGUUAUCAGUAUACGCCAUUAGGGUACACGAUCAUAGGGUAUGGUUGGAGCGGGGUCGAGGCGUUCAAGGAGUUGCCAUGGACGAUGAACGUGAUCACUAUGAAAGGACAGCCGGUGUUUUAUUCGUUGAACGACGAGAUGACGCAUCUUCCUCUUUUGGUAACCGAAGAGUUGUCCGAUAUUUAUGUACCAAACGCGGACAAACGCGUUUCGAGGUGGAUCGUGCGGGUAGCGAAACCCAGCGUAUUGUCGUUCAGACUAAGAACAUCCUACGAGAAAGCUAAGAUCGUCUUUAGAGUGACAGACGAAGAGGGGAACGUGUUGUCCCAGAUAAAGGGAACGUCUGUGGUCAUUCUGCCGGUUAUUCAUUUGGGGUUGCAACCAGAGCUUAGUCAGAUGCAGUUUAAAGCAGAGAAGAUCAAAGGCAGUGCUAACAACGACAGGCUUUCGUACGAAGAUGGAAGCGAGAAUAUCGAAGAGGAUGAAAGUAAAGUUAGCCAAGAGUCCAUGGGCCAUCGAACUUAUCACGCGGAGGCUUUCGUUCUGAACGAUAGCUGGCCGCUAACGAAGCCAGAAUGGGCAGCUGUGAUGGAGGUUAAGGCGAAGGUCACGGUUUCUCUCCUUAAAACGAAGUCGUCGACAGUUUCGAUUGCAGGCAGAUCGUCGAAAACCGAAGCAACGAGGACGAGGAAAGGUUCGAGGCAGGCUAACGAUGGCGGGCAACUACCCGAGUCUCCUUAUUGGGUUCUGCAAGUAGUCGCUGAUUUUGGGAGCGAUAUAGAGGUGUUGCAAGACAGAACGAAAGAGAAGCAAAUAGUUGAGAUGAAGGAGGCCUGGUCGAGGGAGAAUCCUGAUAGUCUGCAGCGCGGCAGGGAGCUCAGAGAAGCCUUUAUAGCUGAACACGAGAUCAAACAGGAGUCUUCGACGGUCAACGUGAUAAGGAAAUCCUCCAUCCACGUAGGUAGGUCCUCCACGAAGCGAGACAGUAAAACAAUCGACUGUUGCCUGGAGAUCCUAGCGUCCAAGAUGGAGGCAAGAACGGAGAGACCGUUUCAUUUGCAUCGACUUCCCACUUUGAAUCUCUCGGACUAUAAAAUCAAGGAGGAAGAGGAGGACACUCCCUGGGUGAAGACUCCGCACGACGAAGAGGUGCUGAGCAACAUUCGCAAGAUGAACAUCGUGUACGCCAAAGAAGACUACAGCCACGUUCUCGAAGAGAUGGAUGGCCUGUUGCAAAGUCGUGUAGAAAGGUAUCGAGAGCUUUUCAGCAAGCACAAGGACUCGUUUUGGGAGAGAAGAGCCUUGUUGGAAGAUGUGUACGAAGCCAGGAAGUCUUAUAUCGGUACCACGAAACCGGUGAGCGUCAGGAGCAGCAAGAAAAGCGCUAGAAGCAAGAAGAGCACCAAGUCGAAGAGAAUUUAA